GAGCAAUUAUUGAUUUGGCUAUAAAUACCAUGUACACUGCAAAUUCCGGUGGUAAUUCAUUAAUAAGUGAGAAAGAGUAGAACAAUGGAAGGAUUAUGGCUCGUUGUUUUGGUGAUUUUUGUAAUGGCUUUGUCUGUGCAAAGCCAAUUGAAAACAGGGUUUUAUUCUACUUCAUGUUCGAAAGCUGAGGCCACUGUUAGGUCCACUGUUGAAUCUUACUUCAAAAAAGAUCCCACCAUUGCAGCUGGAUUGCUCAGGCUUCAUUUUCAUGACUGCUUUGUCCAGGGCUGCGAUGGUUCAAUAUUGAUUGCGGGGCCUUCUGCCGAGAGAAAUGCCUUGCCGAAUCUUGGAUUAAGAGGUUUUGAAGUAAUUGAUGAUGCUAAGUCACGGAUUGAGGCCUUAUGCCCUGGGGUGGUCUCAUGUGCUGACAUACUAGCUUUGGCUGCUCGUGAUGCUGUGGACUUGAGUGAUGGUCCAAGUUGGUCAGUCCCAACGGGUAGAAGAGAUGGCAGGGUCUCUUUAUCAUCCCAGGCCUCAAAUUUACCUUCACCUCUAGACACCGUAGCUGCCCAGAAGCAAAAAUUUUCUGAUAAAGGCCUGGACGAUCACGAUCUCGUAACCCUCGUCGGGGCACAUACUAUUGGCCAAACACAUUGUCAAUUCAUUCGAUAUCGCCUAUACAACUUCACAACAACAGGCAACGCAGACCCGACAAUAAACCAAUCAUUCCUACCACAACUUCAAGCUCUAUGUCCCAAAAAUGGUGAUGGCACAAAACCAGUUCCAUUGGACAAAGAUAGCCAGACAGAUUUUGAUGCAAGCUUCUUCAAGAACGUACGUGAUGGCAAUGGAGUUUUGGAGUCGGACCAGAGACUUUGGGAUGACGCUGCAACACGUGAUGUUGUGAAAAAAUAUGCUGGCACCAUAAGAGGAUUACUGGGACUUAGGUUUGAUAUUGAGUUUAUGCAAGCUAUGGUUAAAAUGAGUAGCAUUGAAGUGAAAACUGGGACUGAUGGAGAGAUAAGAAAAGUCUGUUCAAAGUUCAAUUGAUCAAUCAAAGGAGUGCUG